AUGUUGUUAGAAAGCGAAAUUACGGGAUAUGAUGUUCUAGCGGUGGUGUGUAUGGGACUAUGGAGCUAUUUUAUUUCUUUUCAUCUUGUAGCGCUAGGAUACGGCAAGUACAUUUUAUACCGUAAGAGUCAAUCAGAGCCAGAAGAAUUAGCCGAUGUACCGGGAGUAUCUAUUCUAAAACCUUUAGUUGGUGGAGACGCUAAUCUAUCGCACAACUUGGCCUCUUAUUUCGAAUUAACGUAUAGCAGAUACGAACUCUUCUUUUGCAUCCAAAAUCCUGAAGAUCCCGCUAUUGAAAUUGUUAAUUUAUUAAUCAAGCAGUACCCGAACGUCAAAGCCCGUUUAUUUAUAGAAACCGUUGAUACAUGUCUCAAUCCUAAAAUUAACAACCUUCUCCCCGGAUAUGCAGCCGCACAAUAUGACUUACUUUGGAUUACAGACAGCAACAUCAAAGUGACGCCAAAUACAUUAACAGAUAUGGUUGCGAGAAUGACCGAAAAUGUCGGCAUGGUCCAUCAGUUGCCCUAUACGACACACAUCGAUUCGUUAGCAGGAUAUUUAGAUAAAAUCCAUUUUGGUGGUGCUCAUGGACGUGUUUACUUAACCACGAAUGCAUGUGGAGUUAAUUGCGCCAGCGGAAUGUCAUGUUUAUUCCGUAAGCAUCUUUUGGAUGAAGUGGGUGGCUUAGAAACUUUUGGUUGUUAUAUUGCUGAAGAUUUUUUUCUAGCCAAGUCAAUCUAUGACAGAGGUUGGAAAUUUGCUUUAGGGAAUGAACCUUGCUUCCAAAAUCCGGGAAAAAGAUCAGUGCAAAAUUACGUCGCUCGGAUGAUUAGAUGGUCUCGUCUACGUAUGGCUAUGAUUCCUUUAAUUUCAGCAUUCGAACCAAUAUCAGAGUGCAUCGUGUGCGGACUGAUAGGAGCUUAUGGCAUAAAUCACUUUGCAAAAAUUGGAUUUGGUACCAUUUAUGGUAUUCAUAUCGGCUGUUGGUUCUUAUUUGAUAUGAUGCUACUGAAAUUAAUUCAGCCAACUCCAAUAGAAGUAUCCUGGAAAAUUCCUUUGAUGUGGAUAUUUAGAGAGUGCAUAUCCAUCUGGAUUUAUAUUAGAGCCCUCUCUAGUCGUACUGUUAUCUGGAAGAAUCAGAAAUAUCGAGUUCUUUAUGGUGGAAAAGCUGAACCAUACGUAAAAUAG